CGUUCACUUGCGGGUUCCGGAUCCGAUCGCAGUCGGUUAACCGGGUGUCGACCGUUGGUGCGAGGACGAGGGAUAGAGUGCGAUUGUCAGUCAGCGGGUACAGGAAGGUCCACGAUGGGCGAGCUAAAUAAUAAGAUCGAUUUUGACCCGACAGUGAAUUAUAUAACGAUGGAAGAAGUGAAAACACACAAUAGCUGCAAGUCCACAUGGUUGGUGAUACACGACAAAGUGUACGAUGUCACUAAAUUUCUGGAGGAGCAUCCUGGUGGAGAGGAGGUGCUCUUUGAACAAGCUGGAGGAGAUGCCACUGAAAGCUUUGAAGAUGUGGGACAUUCAUCUGAUGCCAGAGAGAUGCUGAAGCAGUACUUUAUUGGAGAACUUGAUUUGGCUGAUCGAAGAAAGGAAAAUUCUAAGGAUAUUUUAAUUACAACAUCAUCAAGCCAUUCCAGUUGGUGGACAAAUUGGCUGAUUCCUGUAUUUGCAGCUGGUGUUGUAGGACUCAUGUAUCGCUUCUACCUCGCAGAGACCAAAACUUCAUCCUGAGGCAUUUUAUUCAAUUUCCUUGGUGGGUUGGGGUGGACAAGGUGUCCACUGAGUGGUGCCAGUGACACCCCAUGUCUUCAGCGUUUUAUUGAUGAUAAUUGGAUAUUCUACAAUUAUGUAUUUAACUUCUUAUAGAUCUAGCAUUGAAAUUAAUAUUUUUUUCUAUUCUAUGCACUAAUUAGUGAAGUAUAUUAUGCCAGAGAUUUAUGAGGAAUAUACCACCAAUUCAAUGAAAAUUUCUUUUACUUAGAGUCCUAUUUUCCUAUUUCUGUCUUGUUGCAAGGUAACAUUUUGAAGAUCACUUUUGAAUGAAGAGCACAUUGGGUAUUGAAGAGUUGUUAGUUACACUGUGCUGCACAUGCCCAUCCAUGUUGAGCCUUUGACAAAUAUGAGCAUUGUGCGUAUACAGUUGAAGUAUUUCAGUGUUGCACUCUUCAUAUAGUUAAAUUUAUUUUCUCUCUUCCUUUACUUUGUCUUUACUAAAAUAUUUUUCACUAACUGUCCAAGCAGUUUAUUACUGUUCUUUUACACUGGACACAUACAAUGGCUUGUAGCACUCCAGAUUUUUAAGUUUCACGAGGAUUCCAUGGAACACUUGCCUUUAGGUUUCUCAAGCACAUAACAUAAAACAAAAUAUAUAGCCAGAAAUAUGUUAGAGCUGCUGUUUUGUUUUUCUUUAUCCCUUUUGCCUUUGAAGGUAACAACUCAUGGUGAAUAAAGUUCCAUGGACAGUGGUAGCCCACUGGUACCUCACCCAUUUUUGUUAUCUGGACAGCAAAUUCGUAGGUUGUUUGAUCUUUGGGACAGUCACAAUUGACCUUACUCUUGCCCAAGCACAGGGUCUGUACUGCACCUUCCAAUAUGAGUUGGUGGUUAGUGAUGAGGGUGGAGUGUUGGCUGGGAUGGGGUUAUGUCCAUGUUUUUUUGGUUUCUCUCCUUAGCUCAAUAAUACAGCAGUUGAAGUGACUGUCACUCUUGCUAGUCGUAGAUUGGGCAUCAUUCAUCUGUUCAAAGUUGCCUAAUGAGCCAUAAGGAUACUGUAACUAAUAUAGUUGUCUUUAAGUAAUGUGGUUUGGUGCACUUUCCCAUAAGUCAAAAGAUUUUCCCCCAAUCCCUUACACACGUUCUUCGUCUUGAGGAGAAAGUUCAAGAGUGACGACUAAGCACAGAGGAGUCCAUAAAUUGCAUCUUGUAAAAACUGAAGUUGGUCUUCUCCUCUUUUCCUUUUCCUUAUUUGAACCAAAAUAGUUCCCUGAUGACACAGUACUGACCAAUCUAGUACCUAAUCUGUCUGUGAAUUCUGAUGAAGCUAAUUAAUGCAGGUGGUUAUUCUUGCAUGCAUUGUUUCAGAUUUUUAUUCUUAAUGUUACUAAUUAAAUUGUUUCCAUUUGUAUGAAGUUCAUUGUAAUGCAUAUGUUUUGUAUCUGUCUGUUGAGUAUAAGAUUCUGGAUUAUAUAUUCCUAUCAGUUCUAUGUAUAAUUGGAUAUCUUUGCAUCUAAGUUUUCAGUAAAAUCCCAAAAUUGACUUUUCAUACACAAGAUGUUGGAUAUUUCUUGCAUUAUCAGUCCAGUAGUUCUCCGUGUGCUAUCACCAUAAUAUAGUGUUUCUUUCACUUCAAAGUUUCACUGAAAUUCUUCAUGGUGACCUAUCACCUAACGGACUAACAAAUAAAAUACUUUUCUAAGUUACCCUUGAAAGGUAAUUUACACAAACAGAAAAUGCUGGAAAGCUCAGCAGGUCUGGCAGUAUCUGUGGUGAGAGAAACAGAGCUAACGUUUUGAAUCCAAUAUGACUCUUCAGAAAUUUGGUAAUUCACCUGUUUCACCUACACAAUUAGUGUACUUUCAUUUGUUACAAUAGCUGUUGUACAGAUAAUGCAAACUUUAUUGUAUUUAAUGCAAAAAAUAUCCAGCUGUAAAUAUUUUCAGGCACUGCUAUAUACAAUUACAUUAUGCAUUAUAAUUUAUGCCUUGCAUGUGGUGCUAAGUACUUUUUGGGGUGACUGCAUAAAAUAAUUGUUAACUCGAACACAAUCUUUUGCACAAUUUUAUCAUUGCUGAUUUUUAGUUCACAAACUGACAACAUUGAAUUACAUGUUCACAUCUAUUUUUACUGUAUUGUGUAAUGCCUGUACUAAUGAACAACUGUUCAAAGUCUAUAUACUUUGUCUUUUCUAAAGAGUUGUAAAAAUAAUCAGUGAUAAUCCAGCCAUUAAUAUGACUUGGACUUGGGUUUAUUUAUGCAUUGUCCUUGCUGUUUCCUGAAGAAAUAAUUACUAAAAUAUAGACUUCGGGUUAGUGAUCUGAUUUUUGUUUUUAAUGCUGUAUCCCUUUUUGUUUUACCAUAGUCCACACAGUAGUAUUUAUAACUUUUCCCUCAGUUCGUUUUAAUUUAUGUUUUUUGCUUCUGAAAUUCCAAUCAGAGAGUACACAGGCCUGAAUUGUUUGAUGGCAAUAGAUUUACAAAUUUACUGGAGCACUGCUAUUUGCUUUUAAACUAAACAGAAAGUUAAUGUAGAAGAACUGGCUGGUGGCUUGGACAUUUAAGGAUUUGGGCACCAAAAGACUCUCAGCUGAAAUAUUUAUUGUUGCUGGAGAUCUUUCCCUCUCCUUCAGCCUUCAGGUUUCAUUGUUUAGUUGGUCCACCUUCGCAAGACUGGAAAAUUUAAAAUGCACAUCUCCUAUUUUGAUCAUGUCUCCCGUUGUCAAAUGGUUAUAUGGUAAUUUUGGUGUAAAUGGACAUCUAAAUUUUUCUAACAUCUCCAUUAUAUGGUCAAGCCAUAGCUGACAACUAGCAAAUAAAUAUGAAUUUUUCUUCCUAUCUCCAGUACUUUGCCUGAAUGAUUAUUAUUCAGAUGAUUUAGUAGGUUUAUUUGAUUCCUGAGCCGGUAAAGGAAUUACUGCCAACCCCUAUCCUAUCCUCCUUUAUUUGUACAUAUACAGACUUCCAGCAAGUAUCGUUGGAUAGUAUUCAUAAGUGAAAACUGAGCCAGUUUUCUGUGUGUGGAGCUUUGAGGUCAGUUGUGACUCUUCAAAUAUACCACUAUGUUUGAGAUCAGUUAACUUAUCACAGUCUGGGAAUUUAAACCCGAAAGGUUAGUUUGUAAUCUGUUUGGUUCAGAUACUCACUGGAUAAACUUAUGCCUUCAAGGGAGUCAAUUUAAUUAUUUUAAAUGGUAAGAACAAAGUCCACCAGGUAAGAUUCUUGCUGUCUUCUAUUAUAGAUAUCUAAUUAUGUCAAACAUUAAUCCACAUGUAAAAUUUCUUAUCAAUUCUGACUGAUCAAACCACAUUACCGCUGCUGGAUAAGAGUUCUCAUUGUGGUCUGGCACAUAACUUGCCACAAAAUUUUAGUGACAUUUGGUUUAUAAGUUGGAAGUAACCUGUGUGCCUGUCAACUUUAAACUUUUGUUUUUCUUUAAUAGGAAACUGUUUUCCUAUUCCUUGCAACUGUGGAGUUUCUAUGAUAUAUAUAUGCCUACUGCUUCUGAAUUGUUACUGUACAGUUCAUGGAGUAUUUGCGACGAAGCUAAAUUUGUCUCUGUUUGAAAAAAUUAGUCUUCUAUAUAGUCACUUUUGUCAAAUUUCAUAAUGCAAUAUCAACAUUUCUUAAAAAUCUAACUUCUAGCAGUUCUAGUGAGUUCCAAAUUGGGAGAUAUCAACAUUUUCUAUUGCUUAUUAGUACAAGCAGAAGCUGAUGUGUUUUUGUUUAGUGCUUGUAAGUACUGAAAUAUUACAGAUGGAAAAUGUAAACACAUUUUCCCUGCUGGAUCUGCUUAAAUUGGAGAAGGAAUCAUAUGUGCUAAUUAUCAGUAACUGUCACAUGGUUAUUCUGUAUCUUUAGACUUUUCUUUCAAAUGUCUUCAUUUGUCAAAUUAUAAAAAUGUCUAUUUGAUCUCUCAUGUAUGUACUAUAUAUUUAUUUAUUCUCUAUUAUUCAAUUGCUUAUCUACCUGUACUGUCAUUCUCUUUAUAAUAAAUGGGAAGAAACUG